AAAAAUAUUUAAAUUCAGGUAAUAUUUUCCUUCUUCUUCUUCUGUUUUUUUCUUCCCUUAUCCAUUUCUUUAAUUCUUUUCCAACUAAAACUUCUCUGUUUCCUAUGCAAACCCUUCAUUGACUUUGUAAUUUGGUUUUCCCAACUAUAAGAAAACUUGAUCAAAGGUUCAUCAUUCUUCUUUCCGAUGAUCUUCUUUUCAACAGAAAAAGCCACAUAUUUAGAAUUGCAGAUUUAAAGAAGUCAUAAAUGGGAUUUUCCAAAUAAUAGCAGUGAUUAGGGUCUUCAAAUUUGAAGGCUGGAGAUGUCUACCCAACAUGGAAAUUCUGAUACUAAACCACCUUCUGGAUCCGGUUCUCGCUUAUAUGAUCUCCUAUGUGCGGAACAGCCAUAUUGGAAUCGACCAAGUGAUGCAGAUAGUACACCUUGGAAUUUUAGGGAGUCGUGCAAAUCUUCUGGUGCAAAAGGGAGGCUGGAGAAAUUGUUGAAAGAGUCUGGGAACGGUGUUUGUGCAGAUUGCGGGACCCCAGAUCCAAAAUGGGUAUCAUUAACACUUGGAGUUUUUAUUUGUAUUAAAUGCUCUGGUGUUCAUAGAAGCCUCGGAGUACAUAUAUCAAAGGUUUUAUCAGUGAAGCUCGAUGAAUGGACAGACGAACAAGUUGAUGUUCUGGUAAAUUUGGGUGGCAAUAAUGUAGCAAACAAUAAAUAUGAAGCUCUCAUUCCUGAAAACCUCAAAAAGCCGUCACCAGAUUCAUCCAAUGAGGAGCGUGCCGAUUUCAUUAGGAGAAAAUACGAGAUGCUGCAAUUUUUCGAUGGCAAUAAACAUGACCCCCAUUCUCCUCAACGGACUUUGUCUUCCUCCUCACAGGGUUCUUUGUCCAACCUGUUUGGUCAAGAUAAAAGACAGUAUGAGAAACAGCCGACCAGACAUCGUAUCGGGCAAAAAUUUAGAAACAGCUGGGGAAGAAGAGACAGUGAUCAUCACAAGUCCGUAAGGAAGAGCAACUCAUUGGCAGGUAUGGUUGAAUUCAUUGGGAUGAUUAAGGUGAAUGUUGUUAAAGGCACCAACCUAGCUGUCCGGGAUAUGGUUACCAGCGAUCCGUACGUCAUGCUCACGUUGGGUCAACAAUCAGUCAAGACCCGAGUCAUAAAGAACAACCUAAAUCCGGUCUGGAACGAAAGCCUAAUGUUGUCAAUUCCAGAUAGCAUUCCUCCUUUGAAAGUGAUUGUGUAUGAUAAAGAUACAUUUUCACAUGACGAUUUUAUGGGGGAAGCAGAGAUUGACAUUCAACCGCUGGUUGCUGCGGCAAAAGCCCAUGAGCGUUCAGAGAUUCAGGAAUCAAUGCAGCUAGGGAAAUGGGUUGCGAGCAAAGACAACACCCUAGAAAAAGACGGUAUAAUUACUGUGACAGAUGGGAAAGUAAAACAGGAUAUCUCUCUUCGGCUACAAAAGGUAGAGAGAGGGGUGCUUGAGAUUGAGCUCGAAUGUGUUCCGCUUACUCAAUAGCUUGUAAAAGGGAGGAAAAAUAGUCAGGUUCAUAUCAGAAUGUCCGAAAAUAUGCUUGUUAUGACCACUUUGAAUGGAUACGUGUAAUUUUAGGAAAACAUCAUCAUAGAAGGUUUUAAACAUGGCUUGGUGAUGAUAAAGCAGCAGGCAAAACCCCAUUUUAUAGUGUGAAACAAUGUGUAUAAUUUUGUAGCACUCAUUUGUACUCCUCAGCUUUCUUCUUUAUAAUGGUUCUUUCUGUUCUUUACUGGAACUCAAA